CUGUGGUGCUUACUGUCCAUCUACCAUAAAGAGAAUAGUGAUAUCAUUCCUCAACAAAAAAAUGUUAAUUUUAAUACUUUAAUCAAAACAAUAAUAUGUGAUAAUGGCAGACCGCCUCCGACAAAUUGCCCAACGUUUAAAGGAUAAAGUCCAUGUGACACAAAUAAAAAUUAACAGCAGGGAAAAAGUGGACGAUCUAAUAACUAGGUACACCCCGGGUUCUAAAGUCACGGAGAUCGCAGAGAAGUUUAAACAUGAAGCUAUCACAAAAAGGGUUCAGGAAUUGGUGUCAAAGUAUGAAAAAUUCACGGGGGUUGAAGAGAUAAUGGCUUUACAAAAUACAGUUGUCGAAGCACAGGAACGGUUCAUGACAGCACAGGAACGGAGACGAGAACUGGGCCGCGAGUUAGCAAAUAUUGAAGGGCGCUUGAAGGAACUCCACGCUGAAAUGCAGAAUACAAUGAAAGGUGAUGAUAAGUACUUACAUCUGUGCACUGAGGAACACAAGUUAAUUAUCCAAGAGAGAGCCCUUCGUACUCAAUUUUCUGAUGCGGAACGUGAGGAGCGUGAAUUAUUCGCCACUAUGUCCGCCGCCGUCAAACUGGGCCACGAGAGGGAGAGGGCGCAUGCCGAGCGGAACAAGUAUUGGUAUAUAGUCGCAUCCAUAUUUGGCACAGUGUUGGGUAUAGCAGGGUCAACAAUCAACAACCACUUGAAAAUGGCGGAGUUCCGUGACAUGAUGGAGCAGCAGAUGGCCCGUAGCGCCAGCGUGCUGUACACGAUAGCUGGUGGCAGUGGCAGCACAGCCAGUAGAGCUGACAUAGCUGACGCUAUGAAGACGGAGUUUGCUUAUCAGGAUCAACUUGCAGAAAAUCUUAAAGUUAUGCAAGAAAAUAUAGACAAUCUAGUCAACAAGCAGACUUCCUUGAUCGAACAUGUACACCGACAGGAGCGCGUUAUUGAAACCCAAAUGCGUGAUAUAAAACGAUUGAUAGUCACCGCAUCACAGUCCAGUGCUAAAUCUGAUGCUGAACUAGCUAAAGCUUUGUCUGUGGUCCACCAAGAUUUAGAUGAGGCAGAUAAGGACAAAGAUGACACCAAGAAGAGAAUAGCAGUAGACCCGAAUCAAAUUUUAACCGGAGUUGGAGUUAUAAUUUGUAUUGCUAUCAUAUUCGGAAAUAUUAUAGGCAGGGUCAGUUGAUUACGGAAAUUCCAUUGUGUCCCUGUUAUUUUUUUAUAUGGCAAGUUAAAUCAUUUACUUAUAAUAUUUUGAAAAUAGCGAUAAAUUAUUUAUUUCGCCUUUAUAAAAUAGGCUUCAUGAUUGUAAUCUAAAGGGCCAGUUAAUAAAUGUGAUUUUAUAUGUAAAUAACAUAUUUAAUAAGAUUCAAAACGUCUAACUUUUGUUGUACCUAUAUUGUUACUACUCGCCUUACCUUAUUACAAAGUUGUAAUGAUUUUUAUACCCAUAUUCUUUUAAUUUUGUAAUAUAUAUUUAGUAAUUUACUCGGGAAAGUAAUGACUGAUACAUUCUUAAUUUAUAUUUUAAUUCAGGGUACAGAACUUAAAAAUUUAUGGCUUAUUGAUUUGAACAUUUUAUGGUUCAUUAUUUUUUAAGUAAGUGAUUUGUUUGCAUGCCAGUAAUAAAUAAAAUUGCAAGGAAUAACUUAAUUUAUCUCUAAAUAGUAGCAGAAAUUAAUGAAUAUUUUAUAUCUUUAUGAUUAUGUAAUUGUUCAGAUUGUACAGUGUGGAGUAAAAGAACCUUUUAAAAAAACUUAGUAAAAGAAAUUGUAAAAAUAUUACGAAAGCUACAUAGCUAUUAAUUUUGCUACCAUGUUAUUAUUCAACAACAUGUCUUUACCUUUUUACUAAAAUCCGAGGCGUAAAUUGUAUGCUGUUCGUCUGCAUAGUAUGU